GGGAAAGGAGCGCGGUUUCCCCCGCCCCCCAGUCCGGGUGAGUCCGUUAGCAGGAGAGUCUAGCUGGGGUGGCGGUGCGAGGCCGGCAGCAUACACCGCACCUCCCCGCUUGGGGAGCCGGGGCCAACAGCACCGCUCCUCACUGCAACGCAUCGCUCCUCACUGCACGACGCCGCGCCGCUCCGCCCGCAGGCACCAGCACUGAUCGCAGGAUGGUCCCCGUGGCCGCUCUGCGUCUCCUGGCCCUGCUGGCCGUCGCUCUGCUCCUCCGACUCCGCGCCGCAGGUGAAAUGGAAAUUCCAGACUCAAAUGACCCCUUAGGCCAUGUGGAUGGACUUGAGAGACCAAUUCCUACUCCGAAAGGUUACUUUCUGACCUUUUUGGAACCAGUAAACAAUAUCACCAUAGUCCAGGGGCAGACAGCAAUCCUCCACUGCAAGGUAGCAGGAAAUCCAUCUCCAAAUGUCAGAUGGCUAAAAAAUGAUGCUCCAGUGGUUCAGGAGCCAAGGCGUAUCAUCAUAAGAAAAACAGAUUAUGGUUCACGUCUGAGAAUCCAAGAUCUUGACACAACUGACACAGGAUACUACCAGUGUGUGGCUUCUAAUGGGAUGAAGACGAUAACAGCAACAGGAGUGUUGUUUGUGAGGCUUGGUCCAACAAACAGCCCAAAUCACAAUCUUCAAGAAGAUUACCAUGAAGAUGGUUUCUGUCAGCCAUAUAGGGGAAUUGCAUGUGCACGAAUCAUUGGAAACAGGACCAUUUAUGUGGACUCCCUACAGAUGCAAGGGGAAAUUGAAAAUCGAAUUACUGCUGCAUUUACAAUGAUUGGCACUUCUACGCAUUUGUCUGACCAGUGUUCACAGUUUGCAAUACCAUCCUUCUGCCACUUUGUGUUUCCUUUGUGCGAUGAGCGAUCCCGGACACCGAAACCACGGGAAUUGUGCCGGGAUGAGUGUGAAGUUCUAGAAAACGAUCUGUGUAAACAGGAGUACAACAUUGCUAGAUCAAACCCCCUCAUCUUGAUGCAGCUGCAGUUGCCUAAGUGUGAGGAUCUCCCACGACCUGACACCUUGGAAGCUGCCAACUGCAUAAGGAUUGGGAUCCCUGUGGAGAGACUCAGCCGAUAUCAUCAGUGCUACAAUGGUUCCGGUGCAGACUACAGAGGAACAGUCAGCGUCACCAAAUCUGGCCACAUUUGUCAGCACUGGGACUCCCAGAGUCCCCACAACCACGACCUAACAAGCACACAGUUUCCAGAGCUGGGUGGAGGACAUGCGUAUUGCCGGAAUCCUGGGGGUCAGAUGGAUGGGCCUUGGUGUUUUACAAAGAAUAAAAACGUACGCAUGGAACUGUGUGACAUACCUUCUUGUAGUCCACGUGACAACAGCAAAAUGGGAAUCUUGUACAUCUUGGUUCCCAGCAUAGCAAUCCCUUUGGUCAUUGCCUGCCUUUUCUUUCUGGUCUGUAUGUGCAGAAACAAGCAGAAAGCAUCUGCCACAACACCACAGCGUCGCCAGCUGAUGGCAUCUCCCAGCCAGGACAUGGAAAUGCCACUCAUUAAUCAACACAAACAGGCUAAACUUAAAGAAAUCAAUCUGUCUACUGUGCGAUUUAUGGAGGAACUAGGAGAGGAGAGAUUUGGCAAAGUCUACAAAGGGCAUCUUUUUGGUACUGCACCAGGUGAACAGACACAAGCUGUUGCUAUCAAAACGCUGAAAGACAAAGCAGAAUUGUCUCUUCGGGAAGAAUUUAAGCAUGAGGCAAUGAUGAGAUCACGACUACAGCAUCCAAACAUUGUUUGUUUGCUGGGAAUAGUAACAAAGGAGCAACCCAUCAGCAUGAUUUUCAGUUACUGUUCCCACAGUGAUCUCCACGAGUUUUUGGUGAUGAGAUCUCCUCAUUCAGAUGUUGGCAGCACUGAUGAUGACAAGACGGUAAAAUCCACUCUGGAACCAGCAGACUUCUUCCACAUUGUGACUCAGAUAGCUGCAGGAAUGGAAUACCUUUCAAGCCACCAUGUUGUCCACAAGGACUUGGCCACUAGGAAUAUAUUGGUGUUUGAUAAACUGAAUGUAAAAAUAUCUGAUUUAGGCCUUUUCAGGGAAGUUUAUGCUGCUGAUUACUACAAACUGAUGGGAAACUCUCUUCUUCCUAUCCGUUGGAUGUCCCCUGAGGCUAUUAUGUAUGGCAAGUUUUCUCUUGAUUCAGAUAUUUGGUCAUAUGGAGUUGUGUUGUGGGAAGUUUUCAGCUAUGGCCUGCAGCCUUACUGUGGUUAUUCUAACCAGGAUGUCAUUGAGAUGAUCAGAAACCGACAGGUUUUGCCAUGUCCUGAUGACUGCCCCACAUGGAUAUACACUUUGAUGUUGGAGUGCUGGAAUGAAUUUCCCAACAGAAGACCAAGAUUUAAAGAUAUACACAACAGACUAAGAACAUGGGGAAACCUUUCUAAUUAUAACAGCUCAGCACAAACUUCUGGAGCAAGCAACACCACACAAACAAGUUCCCUUAGCACAAGCCCUGUUAGUAAUGUCAGCAAUGCUAGGUACAUAGGACCAAAACAGAAAACUCCAGCUUUUCCUCAACCUCAGUUCAUACAAAUGAAAGGGCAGAUGAGACCAAUGGUCCCACCUCCUCAACUUUAUAUUCCAGUCAAUGGUUACCAGCCAAUGCCUGCUUAUGGGGCUUACUUGCCAAAUUUUUAUUCUGUUCAAAUUCCAAUGCAAAUGGCUCCUCAGCAAUUGCCCCCCCAGAUCAUUCCCAAACCAGGCUCCCACCACAGUGGGAGUGGAUCCACCAGCACAGGAUAUGUAACAACAGCUCCUUCCAAUGCAUCAGUGGCUGACAGGGCUGCUCUACUCUCAGAGGGAACAGAUGACACAAACAAUGGAGCAGAAGACAUUGCCCAGAAUCCUGUCCAGGAGGAGGAGGAAGAGGAGGGAUCUGUGCCAGAAACAGAAUUGCUGGGUGAUAAUGACACACUUCAGAUGGAUGAAGCAGAAAUUCAGUCAGAAGCUUAAGAAAUUCAGCCUUACUACUAAAAAUUUUGUGUCACUUCUGUGCUUGGAGAUGGUAGAUCCUUAAGCUUAACAUCAAAGAUUUUCAUUUGAUGAAAAAAGCACAACCAAAAAGCAUAUACAUAUAUUAAUUGCAGCAAUAAUGACAUACUGGAUUUAUUGACCUUUGCCACCAUUUGCAUUUUGCAAAUUUGGUGGUACAGAAUUGCUGGCUUUCAUCUUUUUUACAGUACUACAGCUCUUGAGGGAAACUGCUUUUCAGUAAUGUACUUGUUGCUGUGCAACAUAUUGCAGAGUAACAUUGCACACCAUGUAUAUCAUGGUAUGUGAGUGUAGUGUUAGUGAAUUAUGCUUAAAUCAUUAGCACGAAGGAAUCCAACUACAGUUGCUCUCAGCAAAAAGAAGUGCCCUGGUUGUGAUGGACAGCUUAGUUUGUAGUAUUUAUCUUUUGAUAUAAUGGACAGAAGAUUGUUGUUUGCUUUUUGAAUCUGGGAAAAAAAUAAAAAAAUAAAAAUAAAAAAGGAAACAAAUAAACAAGCAAGUUGAGAAUACAGAUCCAUAGUUGUGUUAAAAUAACCAGAAAAGUAGAAAAACAAUGUAAAAUAGGCUGCGCUGAGUGAGACCAUGGGUCUGUCUAGCCCAGUAGCAUGUCUCCGAAGAGAAUAGUUUCUGCCUGGGGAGGAGUACAAGGGCAAUCCAAGUUUCCCCAGAGUGUUUUCACAAGCACCAGCAAUUUGUGGCUUAGGAAAUUCCCAAGCCAGAGGUGGAUUUUUUUGUUUGUUUAAUAACCUUUGAUGGAAUUUUCUUCCAUGAGUUUAUACAAGUGAUUUUGGACCCACAUAAAAAUUAGAGCAUCCACAACAUCCUGUGGAAUAACAUGAGAGAAGAGAGGAUGUCUAUGACUGUGACAGAAGCUUCCAAAUGAGAUCAUCUGACUGCAUUUGUGGAUGGAAGUAUUCCUUCUCUGCUGUGAAUUUUUAGCAGCAAGCAGCCUUAAUACACUGUUAACCAAAAAUGGGGAUAUUGUAGGUGUGCACUAACUUAACAAUCCAACUUUAAUUGCAUAUUUGUUGUCAAGUAUAGAAAAGGGCUCCACAUACAUGUUCCUGCAUUGUAAAAAUGUUGGGUUUUGUGGGGGGUUAUAAACUCACUUGAUCUACUGCAAUUACUGCUGGAUUGCAUGUGAAAACAUGUUUUUCGUUCCUGCCAGUUUAGUGAAAACAAUUCUUUGAACUUUAGAAGACCAAAAUGAGCAAAGUUGUACAGAGUGCUGGUUUUGUCUUCUGUUUGCAGGAUGGAUCAUGUACAGACCUUUAAAUGUAAUUUAUGUUUUACUACAUUUUAUACACUUUUUUUUUUUCUUUGAAAUAUCUGGUUUUGUUUUGUUUUUUUUUUUAACAAAUUACUUUAUAGCUUAAGCAUUUACAAUAUUCAUAUGUGGUACAGUCUUAUCAUAUUGCUGGUUCAUUUUGUUGAACGUGCAGACAGGUCCAUACAUUUCACUACUCUUUCUGUAUUACGAGCAAUACACACUUGUAGAAUUGUAGCCAAUACACACUGUAGCUAUAAGUUGUACAUCCAGCAUGUGGAAUUUCCAAUAAAGUAAUGCAAAAGGUAUGGUAAUGUAUGUUAUCUUUAUAGUUCCUACAGCCAUUGUUUUGUUGUUACAGUACUUGUGGAAUUAGAAAUGGCCACAGUCCCUUAGAUUACAGGUUUCAUGCCUAAACUAUGAUUGUUUUGUGUGUACUUUUUUUUUUUUUUUUUUUUUUUUUUUUUUUUUCUUUUUCCUUUUUUUUUUGAUUACAUGGGGAUACAUUUUAAGAGGUGUAUCAUUUUGAUCUACACUCUGUGUCAUGGUAUGGCAGCGUUACUUGUUCCAGCAUUUCACCUGGAUUUGGAAAUGCACUGGUAGGAGUAAAAUAUGAAAACUUUAUUGCUUGUGUUAAUAUAAUGCAGCUUUGGGUGCUAUUAAUAAAUAAAGGAUAAAUAAAUUUUAAAAAAGGAAA